CUACACCCACAACUCAUCUUCAUAUCUGCCACCUGGAUGCCACUUCCUCCAAAAGUAUCAAUUAAAAAUGCCCUGCAAGCCCAAUUAUAAUGUACUCGAUUACUCCAAAUUUAUCAUGCAUGCAACAGAUUUUUUGAAAUAGACACACACCCAAUACUUGAAUUCCAGAUAUUACUCUAUUGCUUGAAUUAUGAAUCCAAGUAAACAAAAAAAAGUAAACAAAAAUCUCCCUCUCUCUAGGAAAUCUCUUUCAAGAUCCAUUGUGACGUGGCAUUCAAUUAUGGGCUCUAAUCUUGCUGCUAACUAAACGGCAACGGUUUUCUACCUUAGACUAGUCUCCGAAGCCAAGAGUUUGCCAUUCACCACAUGUCCUUUCACUCAAAACGUGAUGCCCCUCAUUUUCCUCACUGUCCUGCCACCUGUCAUUCAUCCACGUUCCCUAUGCACCGUUUUUGCCUUCAUCAUAUAUAAAUACGCUUUGAAACCUCAUUAUUUUGAAAAAACAAUACAAUAUUGCGUCUCCGCUCCUAGCACGAGACUCACCUGAUCCGCCAGCUCCCUUUCUCUGGUAUAUAUAAACAUGACUGUCAACUCCAUCCAAGAGACUCAAGAUCGAGUCUCUGAUCUUGGAAUUCAACAGAAAUCCAAGGAUUUCUCUUUGCCGGAGAUCAUAGCUACUGAAUCUGCUCAUCUCUCCAGGAAAAUGGGAGUGAAGGACUGUACCGAGGCUGAGAUGGAUAGAGAGAGUGGAGGUUCAUCGGAGGAUAACGAGGAGUCGCCGAAAUCUGUCGGCAAGUGGGGAAGGAAUAUAAGCAACAUAGGUUUUGUGCAUAGCCAGGUGUUGAGGAUUAGAAAGGAGGAUUCACAUAUCGGUGAAGAUAUUGGUGAGGGAUUGAGCACCAAAGAUAAGGUUAUCAAUGCAGGUUUUGGUCAGAAUACGCAGCUUCGACGCGUGGCUUCGGCGGUGGAUGUUGUUUUCUUUUCGAGGCCGAUCUUGCCUUGCUCACCUCUUAGUGGGAAAACCAUCAACAAAGCCGUGCCGUGAUAAGCUACUCCAAUCAAUUAAAGGAGCAGCACGGCAGGUGGAAACUUGUGAGAGGAAGCCGUGAAAUGGGAUGUUUGGUUACAGUGGUGUUAUAGUUAUGGUUGUGGUUAAGGUUUUCUUUCUUUCUUUCUUUCUUUCUUUCUUUCUGAGACGCUAUGGUUAGAAGCAUAGAAUUAGCCAAUUAGGAUGAAUCUGUGAGAUAAUUUUGCCUGUAACCAUCCUCUUUAUGUACAGUGAAAGAAGAAAGAAGCGUAUAGUAAAUGAUGAGCUCUUCUGAAGAAA